AUGCUGUCCAUGUUCUCCGGUCUGGAGUUGGCUCUAGACGGCAGCUGCGCUGUUGUAUCAAGCAGCAAAUCUGCCGCCAAAGAUCUGCUGGCCUCCAAGAGUACCGAACGACAGGCAGAGGUUGAGUCAAUAGCUGCACAGGCGCUCAAGAGACAGCAACAGAAGGAACGACAAAGGCUCGAGGAGAAGGAGCAGCCCGUCACAGCGUUAUGUCAAGCUAUGGCCUUUUUUGCUCAGGAAGUUGACGAGCACGAGUCAUUUGUGUCGCGCUCGACGAGGCGGCGACACAAAAGUAGCAGUAAGAGGAACACGCGAGUCGGAGCAGAGACUCUUGGCGCUCCUCGUGGCCGUCGCCACCGACAGGUAAAGUACAGUCGGGUGUAG